AUGCAUUUCCUCGCUGUUUGGUUGACGCUUGUCAGCGUCAUCUCUUCAGCUAUCGCAUUUCCCAGUCUUCAGAGCCGCGCGAUUCUUGCGUACAGAAGCUGGGACCUCCGCUUUUUGAGUGAAGCACCCCCGACUUGCGACCCCAGCCAAUCUAACCUGGACUACUCUAUUUUCCAUCGCUACGGUGCGAGCCCGCGCACCUGCGAGGCUCUGGAUACUGUUUCGUUCAACUCCACCAACCUCAAGAGUAUCUCAUGGAAGAGUCCAUCGGCCGAGGAUCAGCAAGAUAUCUGCAUGUUCAGUACUGCGGACUGUUCGGGGGGUGAGGAUGCUUUCCUGGGAACCAUAACCAGUGGCUGGGAUGUGUGCUAUCUGUACAAUGGUUUCUUGGGAUGGAGUGUUGUUGAGCAUGGAGAUGACUGUUAUUAA